UCAUUGUCCACAUCUCCCUACCAAAAUUUAUGAUAAAACAGAGAAACCAUGUCUUCUCUCCGAAUAUACAGAGAACUACCCUCUUUAUCACUCUUACCUGCCCAGAGAGUCCUUCAAGCCCAAGCUGGAGUACCAGAAAGGGUGCACACCAAUGGAAGGCCUGACCACAUUGAGGAGAGAUUUUGGGCCUCACAAAGUGUUACCAGUGAAGAUCCAUCAGCCUGACCAGUUCGUCUCAAGUGGAGAGACUAUGGAUCUGCUCACAACAUAUAAGCAAGAUUACAACCCCUACCCUGUCUGCCGAGUGGACCCCAUCAAACCUCGGGACAGUAAAUAUCCAUGUGGUGACAAGAUGGAAUGUCUGCCUACUUAUAAAGCUGAUUAUUUACCCUGGAACCAACCAAGACGAGAACUGCUUUGUCCACCACACAACUACCGGCCGACAUCAACCAAGUUUGAUAGUCGAACCACACACCAGGAUGACUACUCCAUGAAGGGCCCAGUGAAUACCACGAGCUGUAAGCCUCUGGCCAUGCCCAAACUCUGUAACAUCCCCCUGGAGGAUCUGACUAACUACAAGAUGAGCUACAUAGCCCACCCUAUGGAGAAACGCUUUGUGUAUGAGCCGGAGAAGUUCAGACCCUGUGAAAUCCCCCUUGAAAACCUCACCACCCACAAAGAGUCAUACAGGGGCCUGAUGGGAGAGCCAGCCAAGAGCUUGAAACCUCCAGUCAGGCCUGGUGGGCUAGACAUACCUUUCUCUACCACCACCGAGUUUCGAGAUAAAUACCAAGCUUGGCCAACACCCCAGAUGUUCUCCAAAGCUCCUGCCACCUAUGUCCCUCCUGAAGAAAAGAUGGACCUUAUGACAACAGCGCAGGCCCAUUACACGUACCCUAAGGGUGGCCCAGCUCAGUCCUGCAGACCGGUGCUCUCCGUCAAGAAGGGUGGCCGCUUCGAAAGCUCCACCACGACCAAAGAUGACUACAAGCAGUGGGUCAGCAUGCGCACAGAGCCACUCAGGCCCAUCCCCCAGCUGAACAUUCCCACUGAGCCCUUGGACUGCCUGACCACCACUCGAGCCCACUAUGUGCCCCACCCACCCAUGGCUACCAAAAGUUUUAAGCCCUCCUUGUCUGGCCCCCGAGGAAAUAUCCCUGUGGAGGGCCAGACCACAUACACCAUCAGCUUCACGCCCAAGGAAAUGAGCAGGUGCCUGGCUUCAUACCCUGAACCCCCUGGCUACGUCUUUGAGGAAACAGAUGCUUUGGGGCAUAGAAUAUACAGGCCAGUUUCCCAGAUAGGCUCUCAGGGAAGCAGCCGUCUUUCUCUAGGAGAUCCGGAAAAUCCCAACCAUCAAGAGUUGGCUGUGUCAGCUUGAUUUUUAACAGUUGUACUUUCAAAAUUGCACAAUACUUUUAAAAGCAGAUGAUUGAAUUAUUCAUUGGACAAAAAAAGAAUUCCCCAAAA